UCAGCUCCUGGGCUUUUUUUAUGCUACUUUAGAGGCUUCAUGUGGGCUUGGUGCUAAGGAGUUGACUCUGACCUCAAAUUCUUUGAUAGACAAUCUGUCAGCUUGGAAAUUCCAGGAGAGUGGAAGAAAGAGGAUACAGUGCCGCUGCACGGUGUCUUUUCAUGCACCUAUAUCGGCAUUUCAGCUGCUUGCUCCUCUCUUUUAUAGCUGUUAGGUGCCUGGAAUCGAAGGGGGUGGUUUUUAUUGGGUUCUUACGAUUUAUGCCUUCUUUUCCAGGGGUUUGCCGCCGCCGCAACAGCAACAGAUGCUGAGCUUACGGGCAACAAAUCAGCCAUCGCUGCUCAAUGCCAAUCCUAUGCUUCAGCGGGCCUUACUCAUGCAGCAGAUGCAAGGAAACCUGCGUGGAUUUAACAUGACAGCGCCAGCACUGCAGCAGUUCUUCCCUCAGGCUACACGACAUUCCCUCCUGGGACCACCACCUGUGGGGGUCUCCUUAAAGCCAACUCGACUGGGCUUCCCCAGCCUUCCCUUCCAGCGGCAGAACCGGACCUUUCGCAAGGACUUCCAGAGGGUCCCUGACAGGAAGCGGGAACUGGAUCCUGGUUCUUCGUCCCAGACACAAGGUGAUGAGAAAAUGGAAAUCCCAGAGGGAAUGCAAGCAGGGUCAGAGCAGAACAAUUCCUCACCAUCCACAGAGCCAAGAACUCCAACAGAGUCUGUGUUGAACACUGAGCCUGCAGCAAAAAGACUGAAGAGUGUGACCGAGGAGUCUGCGUUGGAGGAUGCCACAGACAGCAAGAAAGCAGGAAUCUCGAGCGCCCAUGUCCAAGCUGAUGGUGCAGACAGUGCAAAGGAGUACACAGCCGAAGAACUCUCUAGAGAGAGGAAAUUCUCCGAGGAACCGAAGGCUCCUGAGGUGUUGAGCUCUGGAGGUUCACUGAAGGUGACUAUUCAGCAGAGCAGUGAGAGCAGAGCUAUCAGUACAACAGCUCUGAAACCAGGGCACUGGGCCUGUGAGGUGGGCACAGCUGAUCCCAACCCCGAAUCGGUCCUUAAAUUCUACUGUUACAUCUGCAAGACCAACUGCUGCAGUCAGCAGAAUUUCCAGUCCCACAUGGCUGGAAUUCAGCACCAGCAGCGACUUGGGGAGAUUCAGCAUAUGAGCAAUGUUUGUUUUGUUUCACUACUGCCCAUGGUGAAGCAGCAGAAGGUGCUAGCAGAAAAAGAUGGAGAGAGCCAGCAGCGGUGGUGUAACACGUGCCAGGUGCACUUCACAGGGGAUCUCAUCAAACAUCGCAGGACCCAGGAACACAAGCUGGCCAAACGCUCGCUUCGUCCUUUCUGCACUGUCUGCAGCCGCCACUUCAAGACCCCUCGCAAGUUCGUGGAGCACAUGAAGUCCCCUGAGCACAAACAGAAAGCCAAAGAGGUGAGGCUGGGAGAGAAGGAGUUGGGCAGCCCAGAAGAUUCAGAGGAGUUGAUCACUGUGGAUGCUGUUGGCUGUUUUGAAGAUGAUGAUGAGGAAGAGGAGGAGGAGGAAGGGGGAGCUGGUGAGGAGGAAGACCCUGAUGUAGUACUGAUGGAGAAUGAGGAUGCUGCUGCCAAGCAGACUGGGCUGAAGGAAGUGUCUUUGGAGGAUUACGAAGGAAGUGAGAAGUAUUGUCCAGACACAGCCUAUGGCCUGGAUUUUCUGGUCCCCGUCGCAGGUUACCUCUGCAGGCUGUGUCACAAAUUCUACCAUAGCGACUCCGCUGCCCGGCUCGCACACUGCAAGUCCCUGAUGCAUUUUGAGAACUUUCAGAGAUACAAGGCAGCGAGGCAUCGUGCCACAACUGCCUACCCCGAGGCUCCUUUGCAUUCCCAGGGCUCCAGCUCCCAAUUGCUGGAUGAUCCAAAACAGCCUCUUGCUACAACAGCACAUACCAGCAAGAAGAUGAAUGAUGAUCGUGGGAUAGACAAGGAGGGUACAGAGCUGUCAGCUCUGCAAGAACAAACUCCAAGGUCUCUGGAGGAAGAAGAAAAUCUACAGGAAGAGAGCAAGUCCACUGCCACUAGUGCUGCCUGCGUGUUCCCCGAGGAGAGCCGCGCCACAGGGGAGCUGUUGGGACACGAGGAGGAAGCCAACGCAGCCAGGCAAAGGGAAGGCACAGAUGACCACCAGGAUCCAGGGAGUGGAGGAGGGUUAGGACAGAAUGAGGCAGCAGAUGCAGGCCAGGAGGCAGAGCCUUCCUCCCUCGCCAAAGGUGAGACAGCCGGUCUCACCUCUGGGUGCAGACGCUCUUCUAGGCGCAAACCCAGAUAGAGUGGCCUUAAAGGAGAGCCCUUUACAUAUGAUAUUUGCUGGAAAUGUUUAUUUUCUGAGUCUUUUAAUAGAGCAAAACCUUCAACUUUACUGCUGUUUUUAUUUUAAGAAUAAAUAAGCCUGGCUUUAGCGUGUCUAAUACAGGAUGGUGUUGGUUAUUACUUGUACAGUUGGGAUACAGCAAUUAUGUGGAAAGACUGAGGCUUGGACUGUUGAACCUGAAAGAAGAUGGUAAUGUGAUUUCCACAGGGGACAAAGUUCAUGGAGUAGAUGGAUGCAGACUUAAGAAUUCUUUGUAGUCCCUCUCAUUUCCUUUCCAGGCAGAGAAAUUUCUCUCUUGGGAGGCUGUAUGCUCAGUUUUGCUUCUCAGAACAGUUUCCUUUCUAAGACACACACUCUUGGACAAGCACUGUGUCCUAAGCUAGGCAACAAUGUGCACCUUGGUCCUUUGUUAGUACUACAAGGCCUAAUCUAGUCUGUUCUCAUAGUGGAGACUCUCAGGAACAUAUUUUGUUUCAAACUGAUUUUAAUAAAACAAUUUCUUAUAAAUAA